AUGUGUUCCACAAAAAUCGAAGACCUUAUUCCAGCUGUUGUAACAUGGAGCCUAAUAUUGGGAGUUACGGGAAUGUACUUCGUUUGCUAUCCCUUCUCUGCGUCAUAUUCAUGGGCCAUACUAGCAGAUUAUGAAGAAUCACGAUCCGCUCCUGUCAACAGAGAAUACAAUGUUAAUGGUGUAGUUACAAGAGUGAAGUGGUGUAAUACCUGCUUGUUUUAUCGUCCGCCCCGUUGUUCACAUUGUGCAAUAUGCAAUCGCUGUGUUGACUGCUUCGACCAUCAUUGUCCGUGGGUCAAUAACUGCGUCGGGAGACGCAAUUAUCGCUAUUUCUUCAUGUUUUUGCUCUCUUUAACACUUCACAUCAUCGUAGUUUUUGUAAUCACGUUGCUUCAUUUACUACAAAGUCAGGAGCCGAUUGGACACUACGUCAAUAUCAUAUGGUAUCCUUUUGGUUACUUUGUUUUCUUCAUAAAGUUACUUCAUCAUUUUGUAGGGUUUUGCUGGUAA